ACCAGCUGCCACUAUUUUUCACUAUGAUAUAUCAGUACUGCUUCUAAUCAUACAUCCUAUAUUCCCAUGUAACGUGUGGUUUAUUUUCCCUCUCGUUUUUGUGCAAAGAAGGAAAAUCAAUGGCAUUCUGAUUCUCCACCUAUAAUUGGUGGAGUCACCAAUGCUAAUUCAAUUUCAACUUCUAAAGUGAUGAAUAAUCAGAAGAGCAAUGGUGAGGAGAAAAAGUUAAGUGGAAGAGCAGCUUUAGUUCCGCGCCCUUAUGCAGUUUUGUCUGGUCCUGAAUCACCGAAGGUUAUGAUGGCCGGAACAAGAGCACCUGAGUCUUGUGCAUACCCUUUGCUUAGACGUGCAAAUGCCAAGACCAAAAGCCUUGCUCUUGUAUGGUACCUAUCCAGUUUGCUCGACAGUGGUAUUUUGAGCUGCUGACUUAGUCCUUAUAAAAGGACUUUGGAAAUUAUCCAAUUAUGGCCCUGUCAUGAAUAAGGAAGAUAGAAGUUGAGAACGGCCAAUAAAUGAGAGUAGUUCAA